UCACCAUCAUCUCGCGAUGAGACCGGUCGACUCGCGACAGUCUCGAGCUGCCCUUAAACUUACAGUCACAGCAGCAGCACUGACGGCAACAAUGGCCGCUUUCCGCAGAGCGGCAGCGCUGGCCGGCAAACUGAACCCUUGGUCUGCGACUAAAAGCGAGCUUCUUGGGGCUCCCAGCCUGAACGGACGACGGACUCGGAGGUGUCUGACAGCCGGGCUGUGUGCCGCAGCGGGAGGUGUCCUGACUCUGUACUUUUAUAACAAAAUGUGGAGCGACAGGAAGAGGAUGAUGAGACGCAGCAUCAAUGGUCUGCCGCUGCCGUCCAUCCCCACCAUUGAAGCUAAAGAGAAGGCACGUCCAUUUGACUUUGAGGAUGGAGAUGUCUACAUGUCGUCCCACGAGCAUCGUUUCCGGAUGUUCAGCUCUGUAGAGUACGAAGGACAGCUGUACAUGACUCCACAGAACUUCAUCGAGUCCGUUACCAUGAGCGAACCAAGAAACAAGAGGCCAUGGAGGUCCCUGACCAAACAGGAACUGGAGAAAAUCUUGUCAGAUACUCCUCCCGUAUGGAGAGGAUCCUCCAAACUGUUCCGCAACCUGAGAGAAAGAGGAAUCAUCUCGUACACGGAGUAUCUGUUUCUGCUCUGCAUCCUGACAAGUGAGUCUGCUCAGGCCUUCUGCCUUCUUCUUUCACUAUAUUCUUCCUUUUUUUUUAUCAGAUAUGGCACUUGGUUUUUACCCACAGUUACGAUCUUGCAGCAAGAUUGACUUUUGCUAUUUGAA